GUCAAGUUACAUUUAAUUGAAAAUCAUGUUAGCAACAUAAAAAUUUGGAAAUCUUGUCAACGUAUUCGUAUUUGGUUAUUACUCAAAAUGGAAAAAUGACUUUGGCUAACGUAUUAAAAGUUUUAGCUCUUAGUUGGUUGUUGGCGGUCAAAGCUAGCCCUGAAGAAGACAACCUAAGCGAACACAAUCGGUUUAGGGAGAAGCACGGCGUUCCUGCGCUGACGUUGGACGAAAGUCUUUCUAAGGACUGCGCAGAGUAUGCGCAAGUGCUAGCCGAAAAAGGAUCGUUGGUGCAUUCGCCUGAUGGAGGCCAGAAAUAUGGUGAAAACUUAUGCCUUAGGUCUGAAGCACCUCUUAGAUGUGUUCAAGACUGGUACGACGAAAUCAAAGAGUACGACUUUGCUAAAGCACAGUUUACAAUGAAUACUGGCCAUUUUACUGCACUGAUUUGGAAAAGUGCAAAAAAAAUGGGUCAUGGCCAAGCCAAAAGUAAGAAAGGGAUCUACUUCGUGGUAGCAAGAUAUUAUCCACCAGUAAACGUUCUCGGACAGUUCAAAGAAAAUGUCCCGGAGCCGAUUGACGGGAUUGAAGGUGGAGGUAGUACUACUGAUGGCAACACUAAUAUGAAAUUACAGUUGGUCGCGGCCGCAGCUACACCUGAAGAAGACAACCUAAACGAACACAAUCGGUUGAGAAAAAAGCACGGCGUUCCCGCGCUAACGUUGGACGACACUCUAUCCAAGGGAUGCGAAGAGUAUGCGCAAGUUCUAGCCGAAAAAGGAUCACUGACGCAUUCAGGUGAUGGCCGAAAAUAUGGUGAAAACUUAUGCCUUAGGUCUAAAGAACCUCUUAAAUGUGUUCAGAACUGGUACGACGAAAGCAGAGAGUACGAUUUUGAUAAAGCAGAGUUCAGCCUGGGUACCGGCCAUUUUACAGCAAUGGUUUGGAAGGGUGCAAAACAAAUCGGUCACGGCCAGGCCAAAAGUGAAAAAGGUGUCUACUUCGUGGUGGCAAGGUAUUAUCCACCAGUAAACGAUCUUGGGCAAUUCAAAGAAAAUGUUUCGAAGCCGAUCGAGCAUAUCAUUGAAACAUGCGACCGCAGGCUGGGCGGGUAUCUUUCGCAAGGCUGCGAGUGGAAGGAUGGAUUUUCCAUGGAAAAAGAGGCGGAUGUGCCACAGUUGCAUAAAAUUGCAUACGGAAAACUGAACCACCACAACUUCUGGGCCAACGUCGAUGGCGAUGGUUGCGACGACUAUGUGGCUGCCGACGAUUGGAGCAGCUGCCGAGUGGUUGCCCUCUCCGCCACUGAACUGGUUUCAUCUGCUGCGGCUGCCACUUUUCUCUGUGUGUUCCUUUAUUUUUUUGUGUCGGAUGGAAAGGAUUAUUUAGAGUCAGCGGCGGCUUGCAAGCGUCUCAACGAUAAGGACGCAGGACGAACGACAAUGGCCAGGACGACGAGUAUGGGAUGGCGAUGCCGAUGCGACGGCGACGGCGAUGGAAAUGGGGAUGAGGACGCGGAUGCCCGUCUGAUGACGACAAAAGCGCUGCGAUCAUCGCCGCAAGACAACAGUGAGGGAUGA